UCCAAUCAUCAAUUCAUCAAUCAACUGCUUGCUCGAUGAACAUCAUGAAAGCGAUCAUCCUUCCAUCACUUUUUCGAUGUGGAAGUUUUUAAAAUUAGGCAGCAGAGCAAUAUGAAAAUUUGAUUCCAGUUAUUGUCUAUAAUACAAACUUUUUGAGCAAGAUGGCAGAAAGUCCAGAACAAGUUCCGUCAGACGAUGGUAACAGUUUUCUGGAAGAUGAAUUAGAAGCUCUGAGAUCCAUCUAUAUAAAUGAAACAAAUGUGUAUGAAGAUGAUGAAGCCACUGUUGUUUCAAUUGAUUUACAUCCUGCCACUGCUGAUAACCUUCAAGAACAGUAUGUGAAGUUAACAUUAAAGUUAACUGUUCAAGAUGGGUAUCCUGAUGUCAUUCCAGAUAUUGAUAUUCGCAAUCCUAGAGGAUUAUCUGAUGAAAUAUUAUCUAGAAUUACAAAUGACUUGUUGAAAAUAGCGGAGGAUAAGAGAGGGAACUCGAUGCUGUUUGAAAUUAUUGAGGCUGCCAAAGAUUACAUAACAGCUGGCAAUAGACCUUGCGAAGAAUGCGCAAUUUGUCUUUAUGGAUUUCAUAAUGAUGACAUCUUUACUAAAACAGAAUGUUACCACUAUUUCCACUCUCAUUGUCUAGCUCGUUAUGCAAAGAACUCCUCUAGGAGUGAAGAUGAUUCAAAAUCUGAUGAUUCAUCAAAGAAUGAGUUGCUGUGUCCUGUAUGUCGUCUUCCAAUUCAUUUCGACGGAGUUGACGAUUCAUAUCCCUCCCCUGUAAAAUGUGAAGAUGAGUUUUCUGUUACUGAUACUAUUUUGCAAACACAAAAGAAGCUACAAGAGCUUUAUAUAAAACAAGUAGAAAAAGGUGGGAUUAUAGAUCUUGAAGCUGAAAAAAAUAAAUACCUUAUUGAAAUAUCUCAUGUUCCUAGUGUUUUGGAUGCAGCUUCUGAAGAGGAAACGAGUUUAAAAAUGGCUGACGAGAAAGACAAAACUCAGACAACUUCCCCAUCUGAGAAUGCACAGAAUGACAAGCGGGAUUCCCAGAAGUACUCUUCACUUAGAUCUUCAAAUUCAGAUAGAUCUAAUCAGAAAUUUACAAAGCAUAAUGAAGAUAGAAGACGAAAUGAGGGGUCACGACCUUACCAGGGUAAUGAUUACAGAAAUGAUAGAUAUCAAAGUAAUAGAGGUGGCAGUGGAUAUCGAAGAGAUCCAAGGAGUAGGAAUAAUUAUGACAGGAGAUAUGAUGGUUACAACAAUGAAAGAAGUGAUAGGUAUGGUGGCAUGAACAGAGAUAGAUACAGCAAUCCUAGAAGAAAUAAUUGGCAUGAAAACCAAUUUAAAAGCAAUCGAUAUGAGAGACACGAUAAAGUUGAUGACAGAAACAGCCAACCAUAUGAAAAACUUGAUAAGUAUGAAGAUGAAAAUAAUCGACAAUAUGAAGAGCAUGAUAGAAGCAACCAGAAAUAUGAAAGAUAUGAUAGGUACAAUGAUAGAAGCAGUCAGAAAUAUGAGAGACACGAUAAGUAUGAUAGAAAUAUGAAAAGAAACGAAAGGCAUGACAAGAAUGAUGAUAGAAACAGCCAAAGAUAUGAUCAUCCUGAAGGUCAAGGAAAGAAGCAGCCCGAUUCAGAAGAAGGUGCCUCGUGCAAGGAUAAUGUAGAUGAGGAUAAAUCUUUCGAUGUUGCCGAAAGAAGUGAUGAUGAUAAUGUUCAGGAUGAACCAACUGCUAAGGUUGGCAACGAAAAACGAAAUGAUAGAUAUGGCAGUGAUAGAAGAAAUCCUAAUUACAGUGGAGGUCAUCGGAACAAUCAAUUUAAUGAUAGAAGAGAAAAUAGAUACGAUAGGAGAAAUGUCAGAUACGAUAAUAACAAAAGGUUUGGUAAAUUUGAUGGUAGGGAUGGUCAAUAUGAGAGAAGAAAUGGCAGAUUCGAUAGUCGAAAAUAUAAUGAGCACAAUGGAUCUAGAAGAAAUGAAAAUUUUGGUAGAAAUGACAGGGCACAUGAAGUGAAUCGUAAUAAAUAUUUAAAUCCGGAAAAUGAGGUGAGUGAGUCGCAAUUCAGCAAUGAAGUAGAGGCCAAAAAUACUAGCAUAGUUGAAAAAGAAAGUGAAAAUUCAGGUAUUGUAGGUGAGGAGAGUAUCUGCGUGAGUGAUUAUCAUACAGAACUAAAUGUAAGCAAUAAAAUUUCAUCAACAGAGGAAGUAUUGGCUGAAGGUGGUGAAAAAGCAUCUGUAAGUCAAUCCAAAUCAAGUUACUCUUCAGACCGCAGACACAAUUUUCCCAAUAGAAAUUCUGGCCCUCGUAAGCAAAGUGAUGGCAGAAACUACAGCAGACACUAUCAAAGAUCUAAUUCGAAUAGAGAUAGGUAUUCAAGGCAGCCUAAUUAUCAUCCAGAGAGGAGACAAACCAAACCGCAAAACUUCAGGAGGAAUUCUGACAACACGGAUGAAGGUGAAAAUUCUAAUCCUUCGAAAUACGAUGAAGCAGUUGCUGAAGGUGCUGGCGAACCUGUAGAAAGCAACUUGGAAGAAAGUCAAGAAUGCAAUAAUGAAGAGUCUGGAGACUUUCCUGAUAGCCAACAUUCCAAAAAGAGCUCUAUGAGAACUGAUUCUGGAAAUGUGAACCAUUACAAAAACUAUCAAGACGGAAAGCAAGGAUAUAAUAAUAGAUAUCAAAAUAAUAAUAAAAAUUACCGCGAAACACGCCCAUACAGAAAUAAUCCUCGCUCUAGGAAUAACCAAGGUGAUUAUACUGACAGGACUUCUAAUAGUAGUCAAAGACAGGUUCCCCAAAAAUAUUCUAAUGAUAGUAGCCAUAAUUCUCCACUAACUGAAAAUGAUUCAGACGUUAAGCCCGAAACAAUAUCAAAGGAAAGUGUUGUUGAAUCUGUUCCAGUUGAAUCCAGCAAGUCAACAGUACCAGCUAAGAGUUCUGAUUUGGAAAAGUCUGUACCGACCUCUAAUUUUCUUCCUCCCAUGUCCUCAGUUGCACCUCCCCCAGGCUUCCAGAACCCUACGAGGAAAAUAGUUUAUGGUUUGGCUGCUGCGAAUCCUCCCCCCGGAUUCAACCGAAGCUGACAACAUCCGUUUUAUAAGGACUCUUACGUGUGGUACAAAAGUUGGCUGCGAUGUUUCUUUGGACUUAUUUAUUUUUGAUUUGUUACGUAAGAACCAGUUUUUGUCUGAAUUUAUUAGCUACCUCUGUUUAUGAAUUUGUUAAUUUCAAUAUUAAACUUUGUAAAAUUGUAUUAUAAACAGUUGAGAAAAAUAAAUGUUUUUGUUCCUCUCUGA